AGGCACAUCAUACAGCUGGAACAGGCUGGACAGCAAGGGCAGGGAACACACGGACUGAAUCGGGAUUGCAUUACCUUCAACAGACAAUAAAAAAACGUUCAAAAUUGAUUGGAAUAGGAAUUACCCUCCUUUCUUCUUGCCAGUCCUCAUGGAGAAACAUAAAGUGUUGGAUCAGAUGCUUGCAGAACUGGAGGAAUUUUUAAAGAUCCUGGAUAAGGAAACCCUUAGCAGCACUGCUAUCGUGAGGAAGUGUCUUCUCUCAGAACUGCUACAGUCAUACAUGAAAUCUGCCGGUUGUGAUGAGGAGUACAUCUACAUGAACAAGGUAGUCAUCAGCGGCCAGAAUCAAGAACAGCUCGUAUUUGAAAGAGAUGAUCACAGUGACUCCUUAACCAAUGGGAGUUUGGGAAAACAUUCACCAGCGCCUCAGAAGAGCCUGCCUGAUCUUCCUCGUCCAAAACCAUGUUCAGACAGGGAGCCUCUUCCAGCACCCAAGCUGGAGUCCCCCGAGGGGUACUAUGAAGAAGCACAGCCGUAUGACACAGCUACCAAUGAUAUUGGUUGUUUCGGUAGACUUAUCAUCUCUGGAGCCAGGACACAUAUAGAGGCUGCUGAUGGUGUGAUUUAUGCUACGAUCAGCAGGGAGGAUGGUGAAGCCGUCAGCAGCUCCUAUGAAUCAUAUGAUGAAGAAGAGGUGACCAAAGGGAAAUCCACCACGCAUCAGUGGCCGUCCACUGAGGCCUCCAUCGAGCUCAUGAAGGACGCCCGCAUCUGUGCCUUCCUUUGGAGGAAGAAGUGGCUGGGCCAGUGGGCCAAACAACUGUGCGUCAUCAGGGAAAACAGACUGCUGUGUUACAAGAGCUCGAAGGACCAGAGUCCUCAGCUAGAUGUGUCUCUGGUUGGCUGCAGUGUUGUUUACAAAGAGAAACAAGUCAAGAAGAAAGAGCACAAUCUGAAAAUCAUUCCCAUUACUGGAGACGUGAUCGUCCUGGGGCUUCAAAGCAAGGAGCAGACCGAACAAUGGCUUAAGGCGAUUCAGGAGAUCACCACAAAACAAUCCGAAAUUCCUGACGGAUCUCAUUCCACCUCAGAUUCACCGCGCCUCAGAUGCACCAAAGUUGACGUACAUGAGAGACAUUCAGUAGCAUCAGAGAGUGGAAGCAGCACAGACAGUCACGCAGAAACCCCUGAGAUAAAAGAUGUUAAGAAAAAGUACGGAGCAGGACUAAAACUCAGUAAUUUCAUGAACAUCGGGAAAAAGAAGUGCAGCUCUUUGGACAGUCCAGAGAAAUGUGUCGACACGUCUGGUUACAUGAAUGUGCUCAUGAAUGACCAAUGGAGGACGCGAUGGUGUCUGAUCAAGAACGGACAACUUUACUUCUAUCAGGACAAGAGUAAAAACAAAGCUGCCCACCAGCCGCUGUCCCUGGGGGGGUGUGUGGUGGUGCCAGACCCGAGUCCAGAGCACUUGUACUCCUUCAGGAUACUGCAUGAGGGGGAGCAGAGGGCUACGCUCGAGGCGAAGUCUUCCGAUGAGAUGGGUCACUGGCUGGGUCUGUUAUUAGCAGAGUCUGGAUCCAAAACGGAUCCUGAGGAGCUUACUUACGAUUACGUCGACUCAGAGAGGAUAUCAUGCAUCGUCAACGCCGCUAAGAACUCUUUGAACCUCAUGCAGAGGAGAUACUCAGAGCCCAACACAUACACAGAUAACCUGCCUCCCAUUCAGAACGAUCCCGAUGACAUUUACGAUGAUGUGGAUGUGCCCGAACACACGCAAGAGAAUGCUGUGGACUCCUGGAGCCCUGAGCAGGAGAUGGACAGAGUUUACCUGGACCUGAUCCCAGUCAAGUCCUCCCUUCACACCUCCCCCAGCUGGCCCUCUCCUGGGGGCUCCCCUGUCCUGGGGAGAGCCUCCUGCCAAGCUCCGGACUCGGAGAGGGAGGGGGACAGCCAGUCUCUGGAAGGACCCAGCAAGGCAUUUCAACAGAGGACCGAUUCUGAACUACCACCAGCAAGGACCAACACUAAAACUCAGACAUCUACACCAGAAAUGGAUGUUGAUGAGGCCUCUCCAAAGACCACAAUUAAAAUUCAAUCCCAGCACCAGAAAAUCUUCUUCCCCAGUAGUGAGCCACAGAGGAAGAGCACAGCCAGUCCACAAGCUGUGAGAGUGACCUCUGAGACCCCAGACAAGACCAAGCUCCCAGCAGCAGGAUCACUAGAGACCAGACUGGGGAAGGGUCGGACUGAAGCAGAGAUCCGUCGCUUCACCGACGAGAGGGACAGGCUGGAGAGGGAGAAGGAGCAGAUCCGUAGCAGCCUGGCCCUGCUGCGCAAACACAAGCGAGAGCUCAAAGAAGACAUCAGCAGCUCUAAAGAUGCAGGCAGGCUAGCUGCUCUGGAGCGCAUGCUGAGGGACAUGGAGGAGGACUGUAAGCAGAAAGAGAGGCAGCGAGUGGACCUUGAACUGAACCUGAUGGAAGUAAAAGAAAGCCUAAAGAAAGCAGAAUCAGGGCCAGUAACGUUGGGGACAGCAGUGGACAGCAGCCUUUUAGAAACAGCAAGAUUACCAGAGGCAAAAGGAGCUACAUAUACAGCACCAGCAACACCAAACAAUGGAGAGGUUUUACCAGUCAACAGUGCAACAAAUUUAAAGAACAGACCCUUAUCAAUCAUGGCAGCAAGCAAGGGGAAUGUCUUACAGAAAGCAAAGGAAUGGGAGAAGAAGGCCACUGGUUAGAAAUCACCCUCCCCUAUACGGUCUGUAAUACACACUGGAACCUUGCGGACAGGCUGGCUGGAGAGAGCUGCUCUGGAGAGAUCCACCCUGUAAUACAGACUGGAACCCUGCGGACAGGCUGGCUGGAGAGAGCUGCUCUGGAGAGAUCCACCCUGUAAUACAGACUGGAACCCUGCGGACAGGCUGGCUGGAGAGAGCUGCUCUGGAGAGAUCCACCCUGUAAUACAGACUGGAACCCUGCGGACAGGCUGGCUGGAGAGAGCUGCUCUGGAGAGAUCCACCCUGUAAUACAGACUGGAACCCUGCGGACAGGCUGGCUGGAGAGAGCUGCUCUGCAGAGAUCCACCCUGUAAUACAGACUGGAACCCUGCGGACAGGCUGGCUGGAGAGAGCUGCUCUGGAGAGAUCCACCAUGUAAUACAGACUGGAACCCUGCAGACAGGCUGGCUGGAGAGAGCUGCUCUGCAGAGAUCCACCCUGUAAUACAGACUGGAACCCUGCGGACAGGCUGGCUGGAGAGAGCUGCUCUGGAGAGAUCCACCCUGUAAUACAGACUGGAACCCUACGGACAGGCUGGCUGGAGAGAGCUGCUCUGGAGAGAUCCACCCUGUAAUACAGACUGGAACCCUGCGGACAGGCUGGCUGGAAAGAGCUGCUCUGCAGAGAUCCACGCGUCUCCAGCAUGAACUGUGGAAUCCAAAACCUGCAUUUAAAAAACCCAUUCCUUUUGCUGUACCACUAAACCAACCCAAGUGACAACCAGCCAAAAUAAUCUUAUUGUUCGUGCUAUAGGCCUGUUCUUCUGGACAAGAACUCUAUGUAUGUUUACUGCAGAAAAAAACCCAGAACAAAGUAUAUUACUGCAUUAUUUAGGUUGUUUAAGAAUUGAGCGCAGGGUGUAUUGUGUGCCCCAUGUUGGCAUCCCCAUGGUUCUCUGCUAGAGCACGAGACGCAGGUUCUGCAGUUUGUUAGAGCAGAGGACUGGGAGGAGGGUGGAACCAUUAUCUUACAGUAUGGCUUAAUUUCCUGUUGCCUCAUUCUAAAUUCUGUGCACAAGAUUAAUUGAUGAGCUAGUCCAGGUAGUCAAAGGGUUUGCUUAUUUAUUUGACUUUUAUUGUGCUCUUUUCUUUCAAGGCUGCCAGCUUCGCUAGACACUUUAUUUUAGUACUUUUGAAAAUGUAUCACAGAUUCUCAGAGUAGGAAAUGUCUUUAGUUUAUUUAAAAAAAAAAAAAAAAAAAAGUUUUAAUGAUCCUGACAGCACAAGGUAUCAAGCCCCAUCAAAUAAAAAUGUACAGCUUGAAAGUAUUUUGUAAUUGCUGGGAAAAGUUUGAGUUCAGAUAAUCUUGCGUGAUAUCCAGGAGUGCUUUGUCCCCUGAUGAUGAAACUUUUAGAUCUUUAAAUUUUGUGAAAAAAAUGAAUUACAGUAUUAUAAAUCUACCACAUGCAAAAAAAAAAAAAAAAUAACUAAACAAAACACAAGUAAACAGGUGUAUGGAGUAAAGGUAUUUUCAGUAUUUACGUAUAAAUGUACAUUUGCUCCAAAAGUUGCAGUUUUGCCUAUGCAUGGAAUAGGCACAAAAAAAAAAAAACCCUCAACACAAACAGCUGUUAAGAGUAGUAGGAGGACAGGUUAAGGUUAUAAGGUCAUGUUAUGUUUGAUAAGUGUGGAACCGGAUAUUGAAUACAGAAUCAAAAAUACACAACCCAGCUCUUCAGAAGACAGAGGGACAAUGGUGGUCCACUAUGAAAGGCGCUAUAUAAAAUAAAGAUUGAUUGAUUGAAUGUUAACUCAAACACUGGUGUAUUUGUCAUUUUAUUUUAAUAAUAGUGUUCUGCGGUUGAACAUAAAGGUUGGCCUCUGAAAAUCAAUCAUUUCUAUAUGUUUUGGAUCAGAAAAAUCCCACCUUAAUAAACAAAUUGCAUGCAUUAGCCAUCCCGCUUUCUCCAAAGAAGGUCUGCUCUGGAACUAUGUGCACACAAUGUAUAUUUUCUAUGUAUGUAUUUUAUGUAUGUCUUCAGCAAGGUUGUAAAUAAGCUCAUCUAUAGUUUAAACAGUUACUUUGAGAUGUUGAUGUGUACCAGUUAUACCAGUACAGAUUUAUUCCAAUAAAUGGAUCAAUCAAAAA